GCUCAGUCGAAACUGAGAGGAGGCGUGAAAGAUGUGCGUUUGUUGUCAUAAUUGUCUGGUUGUUUUUGGAUAACAUCACUGGAUUAAGCACACAGAAAUAUGCCCCUGGUUGUAAAGGCGUUCUCGCAAGUGACUACCAUUUAGACCGCAAACUGAUUUUAGAAACUUUUUUUUUUUUUUUUUUUUAACUCUCAACAGGUGCCCUAUUCUUUCACGGGGAGAGGAAAGCAACCUGGCCUCCUUCUUGCAUCAUUGAGUGAAGAAGAAGCAAGCUUUACAGAAGAAGACAACAUUAAAAAAAGGCUUCUUAUUAACAAAGACCCUGAAAAAGCUUACCCAUCAUGUGCAAACAAGAACGAAGCAUUUGCGUACUGUGUCCCAAUAAAGAACAGCUCAACAUUGCAAUAGGAGUGAAAGCCACAGGCCACGAACUCUUCAGCAGAGUGUGUGAUUGCUUGAAAAUCAAGGACCCGCACUUCUUUGGUCUAAGUGUUGUAAAGAACAAUGAACACAUAUUUAUUGACUUGGAGCAAAAGCUCGGCAAAUACUUUCCAAAGGAAUGGAAGAAAGAAGCCAGUAAAGGAACAGGCAAAUGUGGGCCACCUUUCCUUGUCUGCUUCCGAGUUCAGUAUUAUGUGGAAAAUGGAAGAUUAAUAAGUGACAAGACAGCGAGAAGACAUUACUACUGCCAGGUGAAGGAGCAAGUUCUGAGGUCUGAGUGCACUCACAAAGAGGAGGUCUACUUCCUCCUGGCAGCCUAUGCCCUCCAAGCUGAUCUGGGAAGCUACAAGAACAAUGUGCAUUUGGGGAAAUACUUUGAACCUCAAGCUUACUUUCCACAGUGGAUAAUUGCGAAAAGAGGGUGCGAGUAUAUCCUGGAACACGCCCCAGAAAUCCACAGCGAGCAGCAGGGACUGACAGCCAGGGAGGCACUGCUGAAGUUCAUCAGAGAGUCCUGCCUGUUGGAAGACGUGCCAGUCCAUUACUACAGACUGCACAAGGAUAAGAAAGAGGAACGUGCCUCCAUUGUGCUGGGGCUGACCCUGAAAGGAAUGCAUAUUUAUCAGGAGUUAAACAACAUGCGUCAGUUGCUGCAUGACUUCCCUUGGUCAAACGUUGGCAGACUCACUUUCCUGGGGAAGAAGUUUGAGAUCCAGCCGGAUGGUCUUCCCUCGGCCCGAAAGCUGGUAUAUUACACAGGCUGCGCUUUCAGAUCCAGACACCUCCUCCAGCUCCUCAGCAACAGCCACCGACUCUACCUGAAUAUCCAGCCAGUGCUCAAGCAAAUCAGAGGGGCUGAGGAGACCCAGGAGAAGAAGCUCUAUCGGGAGUCGUACAUCAGCGACACCCUGGAGAUGGACCUGGACCCACUGGACAAGCGUUCCCAUAGCAGCGGGAGCAGCCAGGGAAGCACCCGCAACUACCAGCUCUCCCGCCACUUCACCAGCAGCCAUGGCAGCUCCGGCAUCGAGGCCGACUCCCGGCACCGCAUCUCCGUGGAGAUGGCCGUGGACGAGCCCUUCUCUGUCGAGCCCGCAUACAAGUCCAUGAAGUCCUUCAGCUCCAUCAUCAGCCACGGCAGCACGGGCAUCGAGAUGGGCAGCAAGGACCGGGCAGAGGACGACUCACAGGACGACGAAGUGGAGCUGGCCGUGGACGACCCUCAAGAAAUGUUCCGUCUGGCUGAGCUGAUCGAAGGCGUGUCUGUGGACUCCCCUGGGUUUAACCAGGAGUUCUGCUGGAAGGAUAUCGACAGUCAACCUGUUAACACAUAUGAGUUUGUUGUCUAAUUCGAGGGACAGACAGCAGCGAUUCUGAAUUCCCAGAGCACUUCUGAAAACUCAUGGCCUGCAACUGAUAUAAGGCUUGGGAAAGUGAUGUCAGUGGAGGAAGAGCUGCCUGAGGAACAGAAGCAUGAAGUGUGAAGCAUGCUAUUUAUCCAGGGCACACGGAGGAAGGAAAUCCCUAUAUACCUCAGAGCUAACCGAACAAGAACUGAACCGUGAAUAUAUAUGUACCUUCUGACACAUUUGAAUGAAAUGUGAAGCAUUUUUAUAACUAGUUUCGCUAAAUUUAUAGUUAAACUCUUGGAGAACAAUGCAUGUAUACAGUGGCUACUAUAGAAUUGAAAUGCCUUAUGACUCUGUAGGCAUUCAGUUCCCUAGUUAAUUAAGUUUGGUGGUCUCAAGCUACACAGUGGAGAUUAGUCACAAAACCACCACAUGGUUUGACACAAUUGGCAGUCAGUGCUUGAGGCCCGGGACUGUGUGGCACAGUGAGUUCAGGUCAGGAUUGAGGUAUUAUGGGAUUAUGGGAGGAAGAUCCCAUGUUGCCCCUCUGCAACAUGCCUGACUGUAGCCAGUGUCAUUGUCCCUCACCUUUCUUGAGCACUGAAUUCACAAGCAAAAAAAAAUACUAUAGGUAUACAAAGUUAAUAGUGGCCUCCAUAAACCCCUUAUCCCAUUUUUUUGUUAUACAGUAAUCCAUUGCGAAUCCCACUGCGGUGGGACCAGAGUAAGGGCGGAUAUGUAAAAAGACGGAUGAAUGAAUCCUGUUUUAAAUACCAUUAUACACAGCUGUAACAAUUACUAUAUUUACACAAUUAUUGUUUUGAGUUUCGGCUUGUAUUAGGGAGCUCCCCUAAAUCCCUUAUUUAGAAAUAUACAGGGUAUUAAUGCUUGUGACAGGGUAGCCGUCUGCUGUGUGGAUGCGUGCAUUCGCUGCUGAGUGACAGGCAGGAGAUCGAGACAGAGGUUGAAGUUGAUACAUCCCGCAGGCGAACAGGAUUUAUUUACAUAUCAAUACACUGAACAGCUCACGUGACACUACCAGCAAUGGCAGCGCACGGAGCACAUACAACAUGUAUGAAAACUUUGGUAGGAUCUACAAUAUCUGAACUAAUCUUCUCUGUUCAAUAAUAAGCUAAUGUUGCUGAAGAGGUUGAUCGUGGUGGAUAAACGGUUAGGGCUAUGUGAUGUGCAGAUACGUGAUGGAUUACUGUAUUAAUAAGUGGGUCAAUAAAUCAUUCUGGGGACACCUGCUGGAUUCAUUUGUGUAUAGUACCAUUAAUAUCAUUAAAAUAGAUACAUGUCGUAAAUGUUGUCCGAAUGUGUCAGUAUUAAAACAUAGACUUCUGGAUCUAGUACUAGCAGACCUUGGGGAAGUAAAUGUGGUGGACAGUGAAGGGUUAGGUUUGGUUUAGUUGUUGAAGGGUGUUUUAUACAGAAAUGAAGGGAAGUAAGGAGCAAGGAUUAAUUAUAGAGUGCAAGAGAAAGAAGGCAGCAGUCAUUAUUAAAAUGAGUACCAAGACUGGGUGAUGUACCCCGUUGGUAGUGAUGAAGAAACAGGUUGGAAUAAAGGUUUGAAUAUGGAAUUGGACAAUAGCAAAUGGCGCACCCUAGUAGUUUAACAGCAAAAUAUUACAACAUUGCAUUGUGUAUGUACCUAUAUUCUGUUUAUACAAUUUAACAUUUGGACAGUAAACUAGUAUUUAAAACCAUUCCUGCUUACUGUAAAGUUUUUAAAUUAAGGUAUACCUACACCAUGAUUUUAGCACUAGUAUUGUACUACCGCAGGUAAGUUAGUCCAAGAUUGGUGCUGACCAGGCCUUUUAAACCAGGUGAUUUCAUUCCAUUUAUUUUUAGUACCAUGGAUUUCAUUUAUUUAAAAUAAUGGUCAUUUAGUUAUCUGAGUCUGUUUUGACUGAAACAAGUAAACCAAUUUAGCUGUGCUAUAUAGAGAAUAUAAAAUAGGGUGCUGGACAGUGCAAUAUUGCAAUGUUCCACAAGAGGGCUGAGUGGUUGUGUUCAGCACCCUGUUGUAUGUUUUAAUGUACUGUGGAAACUAUGAUCUGAAUCAGUAGUCAUUGCCAUGCUAAAUAAGCCAUACGAUGUUAAUACAUUUUAGACAGUUGUAUCACACUGAACUAUACAUUUAUAAUCUGUUUUCUUAAAAUGUGGCUAUUCUAAUGCCCUUCUUCAACUGCCCUUGUUUUGGAGUUUGUACUAUCAGUUUAUAUUGCAUUAUAAUUAGUAUUUUUUUGAUUUAUGUGGAGCAACGAAAAGGAUUAAGUUAAUGAAAUUAAAUUGCCUUCAUUUUUGUUCAAAUCUAACAAGCUAGCAAACGCCAGUAUUAAAUGUAAAAACUGUGACCCUGUAUAUUAUAUGCAACUUUUCUACACAUUUUUAAGCAUUUUUCUAUAAGAAACAACUUGUAAUACUUUUGUAUCAAACCAUAGUUAUGAAUCUCAUAUAGAUGAACUGUACACAGUAUUUUAUAACAUGCUAAGGAUUACAGUUGUGUAUCUGUAAUGUAUAUAUUCCAUUGCAAAAUAACUAAGAGGUUCUCUCUAUAAAUUUUUCUCCUUUCAGUGAAAAGAAACUUGGCAAUGCCAUACCCAUAUAAUAAAAGGUAGAACAAAAAACGGUGUCAGUUAUUACAUCAGCAUCAUCAAGGGGGGGACAUUCUGUUUGCCAG